AUGAAGAUGGCAAACAUUCCUCAAGAUCCGGCGGGACUGCAAAAUCUCGAAGACAGCUUUUGCACUCCUCAAAAGCCUAAAAAACAGCGGUGAACCUCCGAAGAAGACAAAACCCUCCAAGAACUCGUUCAAACCUAUGGUCCCAAAAAUUGGAAAACCAUAGCGCAGUGCCUAAAAAAUCGAACAGACGUCCAGUGCCUCCAUCGAUGGCAAAAAGUCCUUAACCCCGAGCUCAUCAAAGGCCCAUGGACCCCCGAAGAAGACGAAAUUGUCAUUAGGCUCGUUAAAAAAUACGGACCCAAAAAUUGGAGCGCAAUUGCGAGCAAUCUCCCUGGGCGAAUUGGAAAACAAUGCCGAGAACGAUGGCAUAAUCACCUUAACCCUCAUAUCAGAAGAGAGUCUUGAACUCCCGAAGAAGACAUAGAAAUCCUUAAAGCGCAUAUGGAAUUAGGAAAUCGGUGGGCAGAAAUCGCAAAAAAGCUGCCUGGGAGGACAGAUAAUGCGAUCAAAAACCAUUGGAACUCGACGCUGAAGAGGAAAAUGAAGCUUGUGAAAAAGGAGUAUUUGGUGACUGUGAAAAAUAAUGAACAAGCAGACCCUGUAUGCGAAUAUAUGAUAGAACAUAUCAAAAAAUAUGGGGAUGAAAUUUUUGAUGACGGAAAAGAAGAGGACUCAUACUCAACCCCUGAAAAGACAAAAGAAAACAUAAGUGAAGAAAGCACCCCAGAAAAAACCUGCGUUUUAUAUUAUGUCUCCCCAGACUACCAAAACCUCACAACAGACGGCUCCAUUACAGCAAGAAAAAUAAUCCAAAGCAUCGAAAAACAAGCGAGCGUAAUAAUUAAAAAUGACUAA